AUGCGUACUUGUGAAGAUAGCUCAAAUUUACAAGAAUACCAGUUUCCGGCCGGCAUACCUUUGGCUGCCGCCUCCAUAGCUCCGGCCGCUAUCGCUGCUAAUUCGACUGCUCUCACUAUCACUGGAGCCAGUAAAUUUCUUCUUCCACCAAUCCCUCUCAGGCUUGGGCGACAUCGAAUUACUGCUAUCCCCAAUCCUCUUAACCUUCCUCGACUGCAAAUUAAACGGGAAACCCAUUUUCAGAAACAAGCCCCUGUCCUCAAAACCUCUGUGGCGCUUCACCUUCUUCACAAAAACGGCCCGAUUUUUAGCCCUAUUUUGCAGAUGAGGGCCUUCAACAUCAUCAAUUUCCAUUUUCUGUCGGUGAUGCUCGACCAGAUCUUCUCGUACGAUGACUCGGGCAUGUCUUUCAGCAUCUCCAUAAGCUCCCUUUGGCCGCUGGCGAUGGAUUUUCUUCUCGAAUUUGGGGAUAGGCAGAGGAGGGGUGAGACGGGCUCGGGCUGUUUUUCCAUAGCGGCGGCGAACAGACGCCGGAGUCGUCAAGUUCUUGGUGGUUGUUUGGCCUGA